AACUCCUACUCUUCCUCUUGUGCUUACAGAAGAAGAGCAUGUCGCUAAUUUUCUUGUAUGGCUCUCCACUGCCCGCGCCAACCCGGUUCUCCGCAACAUAGAUGCAGCGGAAUGCUCUUCUUCUGUUCUCCACAUCACAGGUGCCGAGGAAUGCUCUACUUCAGAAAGGAGCGAAGCAGAUUAUGUUGUCCUCCUGCCUCCUUCGCCUCAUCCAGAAAACCCAGAACCCCACAUCUCAACACAAACCCCUCCAAAUGCGCAUCAAAUUUUUGAAUGCAAGACUUGCCAAAAAGUAUUUACCUCACCUCAAGCACUAGGCGGCCAUCAGGCUAGCCAUAAGAAAGUUAGGGGUUGUUUUGGCACUCGGCUUGAAAUCAAGUCACCCAAGAUGAUGAAGUACACAUCCACCAAAGACGAAAGCAAUAAUAGAAUUCCUCAAAAUAAUCAAACUGAGUUUUCCCAUCAAAAUAAUCAAGCUGGGGCUUCCUCCGAAAGUAUGGCAUUAGCAAUUGCUCCAUUUGAAGGUACCUCAUCGCAGUUGUCAUUGCCAAAGAAAAAUCCCAAAGUACAUGAAUGCUCAGUUUGUAAACGGCAGUUUCCAUCAGGCCAAGCACUUGGCGGGCACAUGCGAUGUCAUAGGAGGGCAUCAAGUUCCCGUGGCGUCACCGUUGAGUCAGCGAGCGUUGUUGCCACUGAGCUACAAUUAGAGGAAUGUGUUGGAACUGUAAAUACAGAGCAGAGCUGA